AUGGCCAUGUCUUUCGUUCGUCAAGCGUCACUCGUUGCGCUGCUUGCAACUUCAACUUUCGCUCAGACUUUCACUGAUUGCGAUCCUACUAAGAAAACAUGCCCGGCCAACGCUGGUAUGUCAUCGAGCACGUACUCGGUCGACUUCACCAAGGGUGCCGAUGAGAAGGCCUGGAAGACCGUAGCCGGCAACGUCUCGUACACCUCCGCCGGCGCCGAGUUCACCCUCAACAAGAAGGGUGAUGCGCCCACCAUCGAGACUGCGUGGUACUUCUUCUUCGGCCGCGCCGAGGUCCACAUGAAGGCCGCCCCCGGCACCGGCAUCGUCAGUUCCGUCGUGCUUGAGUCUGACGAUCUCGACGAGGUCGACUGGGAGUGGCUCGGCGGCAAAAACGCCGAGGUGCAGACCAACUACUUUGGCAAGGGCAACACCACCAGUUACGACCGCGGCGCUUUCCACACCGUCUCCGACGCUCAGGGCACCUCGCACAACUACACCAUCGACUGGUCCAAGGAGGCCGUCGUCUGGUACAUUGACGGCACUCUCGUCCGCACCCUCAACUACGCCGACGCCCUCGGCGGCCAGAACUUCCCCCAGACUCCCAUGCGCCUGAGACUCGGCAUCUGGGCCGGUGGUGACCCGGACAACAGCCCCGGAACCAUCACCUGGGCCGGCGGCGAGACCGACUACUCCAAGGCCCCCUACACCAUGACUGUCGAGAAGGUUUCCAUCACCAACGCCAACCCUGCCGGAUCGUACACCUACGGCGACAUGACUGGCAGCUGGCAGAGCAUCAAGCUCGGCGACGCCACGACCGAUGACUCCACCAACUCGGGCCAGAACGACACCUCCUCAGGUACCCCAUCCUCCUCCUCCAGGACCGCGGCCGCGUCAGCGACAGCUUCCUCUGGCUUCCCCUCUGCGUCGUCCGGCCCACUGAAGAAUGCUACUACGACAGGAGGAACCACGAUCCGCCCUACCGUUGCGCCCACGGCCACCCAGUCCGGCUCCGCCGCGAGCGCCAGCGCCUCUACCGGCGCCAACGCUGCCUCCGGCAAGCUCAUGAGCGGCUCCACCAUCGGCAGCGCCGUUGUUGGCGGUGUUCUUGUUGCGCUUGCUGGCCUGUUUUAA